AUGGACUUGAGGAACAUCUGUAAAGAAGUUGCGAUCACAUCUAUCAACCACGGCGUAGAGGUAACAGGCGUCACAGACGUGGCGUCUAUACUAAGGAUAGCCGGCGAAUUUCCUGCUCUUGUCGCCCAAGAUCCUCAGAGAACUUGGGCCAUACUUAUCAAGUACAAGGCAAAUCGCAGCUUCAUCGAAUGGUCAAGACAUCAGAUCCUGAAGCCGCUCGAUUAUGACAGUGUUGCGUCAUAUACGUCUAAGCUCUUUGACAACUACAUCCAGUACAACCACUUGUCAAGAAAGGUUCAGGAUAUUAUCUCUCAACGAGACAAGUAUUCUCAGGUCGACAAACCUAGGGCUAUUCCGCUUGAACUCAACACUCUUCUGGCUGUACGUAGUGCGCUGGAUAAAGAGAUAGACAAGAUUGUUGCAGUGGUGAAAACUUUGACACGACACCCAGAGCUUCUGCCCGAGAUCGACAUUCUCAACGCGAAUCUCAAGGAUGGUCUUGUGCAAAAUAUCGUUAAUGAGGUCCUUUGGGCAUUUUCUCGGCCUAUACCGGAAGAAGAGUCCAUGGUGCAAGAAGAUCCUUUCUUGUCUUCUGUUGCGGGCCGCGCCCUGAGCGAGUCGAGCAGCGGCGUUGAAGAGCUUCAUACACCUCUUACUUCUGAUAUUGACUCUUGUAGUAUCAGUGGCAGAUCGCUUAUAUUCCGAGAUGAGACAGAGCCCUCCACUGAUCUGGCAACGCGAAUGCUGGUCCCGCCCGAAGUUUGGGUGGACUUGCUCCCUGUGAAAAAUGAUCCCCCGACCAGUCUCGUCAGCCAGCCAGCCAAGACCGCUCCAGCACUCAACACUCCAGCACCCACCGUCAACUACAAAGAGCUCCAGAUUCUUGCCGCUAUAUGUGGACCGUACGACGUGGCUGCUAGGCUCCAGAAUUGGGUGAGUCCCGGAGAAAACGGAGACCGGCUGGUCAUCCCCUUGGAAGACAUCAAAACGCUUGAGGAAAACGAGGGCCGCAGGGGCUUACCACCAGGGACCAAGACCAAGCUGUGGUUCGUCUACAAGUACACUGAUAUGCCCAUACGUGUCUUUUCACUUGAUUAUGACGCGCAGUCAACUGAAACACUGGAGAUUACGCAUGAUGGCUUGGAAGGUGCUGUUUUCUAUACGUACUCGAGACUCAAGGGAAUUCAGAGCGCCGUUUCCAUGGGUACCGCGGGAAGCACGUUCGUGGAUCAACGACAACUUGCCACCAGAGCCGAGAUAGCCAAAGGGGCCACAGAUAGCCUCCCGGAGAAGGAAAGCAAGGAGGUCAAACCAAGCCAGGUCGCUUUGGCCAAAGCAUCCACGCAUCUGCGCGGCACCCUAAAAGUCAGUCCCUCCGAGACGCCCUUUCUACAGUUCGAGAAUGGCGUAAAGUUUUUCUUCCGGAACAACGGUAGAUUUGAAGUCCUUGACAAGCAUGAUGAGGUCUUUUGGUCCAGCGAGGAGGCACCCAAAGGUAGGUCCCCUCGGCUGUUAGAAUUCUGCUGUGACGGCAUCUUGCGGCUCUGGAACACCGACGGACAGGUAUACUGGACGCCCUUGAUGAAGAACUUUACUCGCCGUGAAACAAAGUUGGUGCUUUCAAGUGAGUUUCCAUACUUGGAGAUUGACAGUGAGGGGGGGCAGCUCUGGGGAACACAUGGCCUGCAAUGGGCGUAG